GAUCUGCUGAACUGCAGCCAAAGCACGCAACGUGAAGACGAUUUCCCAUUCCUUCUCUACCAUUUCAUUGAAUUUCUUUGUUUCUUUCUUCUUGAAUUGCAAGAAAUAGAAUAAGGAUUCGAGAAAGAGUUUUUUUUAUUUUUUGGAGCUCGACCAAAUCUUCUCUGUUGUUGAUUUCAGAUUUAUGCGCGAGAAUGUCGGAUUGUUUCCCACCUUAUUCAGAGGAAUCAAUACUCCACUGAUCUAUCUACAGGCACCGGUUUCUUCUACGGAUUGAAAUUACAUUUCCGCAAUGAGUUCGUGGUUCAAAGUUGCAGAAGAUUUAUUGGAAGUGGUAGAUCGGAGAGCAAAGUUGGUCGUUGGUGAGUUGUCUGAUGAGCAGUCUGAUUCACAACCAUCAGCAUCCAAUAGAGGGGAAUCUCAAGCUAGGAGAACAAAACCAAGAGAGAAGGCACAGAAAAGACUUUCCUCUAAUGAACCCAAUAAAACAAGGGAUGCAGCACGGGAGCACAUUAGCAUACAAGAAUCAGUGUCUAAUGAGUUAAAUGAUAACAGUAAGGUGGUGCUGUCAUCUGAAAAUGUUGGGACCAUGUCUACUACUUCAGACGUCCAGACGAGCAAAGAACUGCAGCCCAAUAUUAAUAAAGACACUGCUUCAUCAGACAUAUCAUUACUGGAGACACCCAUGAAUGAUGGGGGUAAAGAUGAAGCUAAUCAUAUGACUGAAGUUCCAUCUACAAUUAAUGAUGCAGAACCUGUUACUUCAUCUAUGAGUGGUGAGCUUGUUGUUGAGAAAACUUCUGAGGGGCAUGAAGAUUCCUCUUUGGCUCUGUCCACAGCCUCCGGAGUUGAGGCUGUUGAUAGAGAUCUUCCAGCUGAUAGUGGCCAAGAUAUUAAGUUGACAGAUGAAGAUACUACAGUAAAUACUGACCAGGAGAAAACUGAACCUGAAACUGCAGAGACCAACAGUAACAAUGACACACAAAAGAAAGAUGCAGAUAUCAAAGAACAAUUGGUUUCUGAGCCGAAAAAGCAACAGGAGCAUAAAAGUAAUAGUUCUCCAAUCAUAGUGCAAGACCAACUUGAAGAGGCUCAAGGACUGCUUAAGAGUGCAAUUUCAUCUGGUCAGUCAAAAGAGGCCAGGUUAGCCAGGGUUUGUGCUGGGCUUUCAUCCCGCCUUCAAGAAUAUAAAUCUGAAAAUGCGCAGCUGGAGGAACUUCUCAUUGCAGAGAGAGAACAUUGCAAGUCAUAUGAGGCUCAGACCAGGCAGCUACAGCAAGAUCUGUCCACAUCAAAGAUGGAAGUGACUAGAGUUGAAUCAAAUAUGUUGGAAGCUCUGGCUGCAAAAAAUUCAGAAAUUGAAGCCCUUGUCAGUUCAAUGGAGGCAUUUAAGAAACAAGCUGCUGUUUCUGAAGGAAAGCUGGCUUCUCUGCAGGCAGACUUAGAUUAUAUUAUGAGGAACCGGGAACUUACAGAGACACGGAUGAUGCAGGCUUUAAGGGAGGAGAUUGCAUCUGCAGAACGGAGGGCAGAAGAAGAGCGUGCAGCACAUAAUGCUACCAAAAAGGCUUCUAUGGAAAGGGAAGUAGAAUUAGAACAUAGAUCUGCUGAGGCAUCGACAGCCCUCGCAAGGAUACAGAGAACAGUGGAUGAGAGGACAGCAAGGGCAGCAGAACUAGAGCAGAAGUUGGCAUUGCUUGAGGUUGAAUGUGCAUCACUAAAUCAAGAGCUGCAAGAUAUGGAAGCUCGUGCUCGCCGUGAACAGAAGAGGUCACCCGAAGAAGCAAAUCAAGCACUUCAGAUGCAGGCAUGGCAAGAAGAAGUGGAGCGUGCUCGCCAAGGUCAAAGAGACGCAGAGGGCAAGCUUUUUUCUUUGGAGGCUGAAGUUCAAAAAAUGAGAGUGGAAAUUGCAGCCAUGAAAAGGGAUGCUGAGCAUUAUUCCCGGCAGGAGCAUAUGGAACUCGAAAAAAGAUAUCGUGAACUAACUGAUCUAUUGUACUACAAGCAAACGCAACUUGAAACCAUGGCUAGUGAAAAGGCUGCAGCAGAGUUCCAAUUGGAGAAAGAAAUAAAGCGUCUUCAAGAAGUACAAGUUGAAGCAGAAAGAAGUAGGGUCUCCCGUCGUGCAUCAUCAUCUUGGGUAGAAGACACCGACUUGAAAGCACUUGAGCCUCUCCCCUUGCAUCACCGACAUAUGGUUGGGGCAAGCAUACAGUUUCAAAAAGCAGCAAAACUCUUGGAUUCUGGAGCUGUCCGUGCUACUAAAUUUCUCUGGCAAUACCCCGUUGCUCGAGUGAUCCUACUCUUCUAUCUUGUUUUUGUACAUCUCUUCCUGAUGUAUCUGCUCCAUCGCCUUCAGGAACAAGCAGACAGUUUCAGCCCUAGAGAAGUUGCAGAGUCUAUGGGACUUGCCAACCCAACCUUGCCAUGAGACUGCAGAUGCUGCAGGGUCAGAAGCUAGCCUUUUGGAGUUACCCACAAAUUCUGCUAAUUUCUUGUAGGGAUACAUCAACAUUACUUUCUCCCUUCCCUUGCAUUUCCUCUUCUACAUCUAGCAUAUGUAAUUUUUGCCCCUGGCAAUGGGGAUUGUGACAUAUCAAUUCAUUUUAUACUGGUAUAUGGUAAACUAGAGGCUGGUGCCCAAAUGUUACUGAAUAGAAACUUGGAUAUAUUUGUGUCAGAAGUAUGUAUAUACUCAUCCAUAUAUUAUGGCAAGCAAUUGGAUUGAUUUUUUUUCCCCCAAGAAA